AUGAACACUCCCUUAACUCUAUUUUUCCCCAUACUUUUCCUUAAAAGUACUCUUUGUACAAUCAAACUACAAGAACAAUUCAGUUGGUCGGUGUUAGACUACGAGUACACGGAUGAUAUUGAGCGAACUAAAGCCAUUGCAACGAAACGAUUCGUUCCGGAAAAUAAUCUCCCAGUUGGGAUUGAAGUCUGGAACGAAAAACUCUUCGUCACGGUGCCCCGAUGGAGAGUUGGAGUCCCUUCGACCCUGAAUUACAUCCCGCUCGACCAAGCAAAGGGCGCAAAAUCCCCCCUGUUGAUCCCUUACCCCAACUGGGAUUUCAACGAGUUCGGAAAUUGCGAAAACGGUCUGACUACAGUUUACCGAAUCAAAGCCGAUGCUUGUGACCGCCUUUGGGUUCUCGACACUGGAACUUUCGGUAUCGGAAACACAACCCAAAACCCGUGUCCUUACGCCCUCAAUAUUUUCGAUUUAACAACAAACAAGCGACUCAGACGGUACGAGUUACGACCUGAAGACACAAACCCAAACACAUUUAUCGCUAAUAUAGCGGUAGACCUUGGAAGAACCUGUGAAGAUGCCUUCGCCUACUUGAGCGACGAACUCGGCUAUGGGCUAAUUGUGUAUUCCUGGGAGGAAAAUAAGUCUUGGAGGUUCACUCAUGGCUUUUUCAUGCCGGACCCCCUAGCUGGGGAUUUUAACAUCGGAGGGUUGAACUUCCAGUGGGACACUGAGGGGGUUUUUGGACUCGCUUUAUCGCCAUUGUUAGCCACGGGGGAGCGCGUUUUGUAUUUCAGUCCUUUGGCGAGUAAUCGCGAGUUUGCAGUGUCCACGAGAGUUCUGAGGAACAGCUCAAAGGUUGGGGACAGUUACCACGAUUUUGUCGCUUUGGCUGAGAGAGGACCCGACUCGCAUGUAACGGCAAAAGUGAUGAGUGAGGACGGAGUUCAGUUAUUUAACUUAAUUGACAGAAAUGCGAUCGGUUGCUGGAACAGCCGGACUUCUUACGAACCCGCCAACAUCGGAAUUGUUGAUUUUGACGAAACUGAGCUACUUUUCCCCUCGGAUAUCAAAAUAGACCGUUAUGGAUAUGUGUGGGUCAUGUCUGACCGCAUGUCGAAUUUUUUGCUGUCACAACUGGACUUUAACGAUGUUAAUUUUCGUAUUUUUGUGGCUCCUUUCGGAGUCCUCGUUUCGGGGACCGUUUGUGACGCGAAAACUGCACAGUUUGUAAUUUGA